AGCGGCGCCAGCGUAAGCGGGAAGGCGGCGUACGUCGAGUUUUUGUCUGCUAGCUUGGGAGACUUGAGGAGUGACCCUCCUUAAGCUUCCAGCUCCAGAGACCAACGGCCUCUGCUCCAGGCGGUACCUCUUCCCCUGAGGACCAUGGGCCGGAUCUCGGGGCUCGUGCCCUCUCGCUUUCUGACGCUCCUGGCGCAUCUGGUGGUCGUCAUCACCUUAUUCUGGUCCAGGGACAGCAACAUCCAGGCCUGCUUGCCUCUCAAAUUCACCCCUGAAGAGUAUGAGAAGCAGGACAUUCAGCUGGUGGCAGCGCUCUCUGUCACCCUGGCCCUCUUUGCAGUGGAGCUGGCUGGUUUCUUCUUAGGAGUUUCCAUGUUCAACAGCACCCAGAGCCUCAUCUCCAUCGGGGCUCACUGUGGUGCAUCUGUGGCCCUAUCCUUCUUCAUAUUUGAGCGUUGGGAGUGCACCACAUAUUGGUACAUUUUUGUCUUUUGCAGUGCCCUCCCAGCUGUCACCGAAAUAACGUUAUUCAUCAGCGUCUUCGGGCUGAAAAAGAAACCUUUCUGAUACCUUCGUGACUGGAAGUAGGGAUGAAGGCUGAAGGAGCGAAGGACCACUCACCCUUCCUGGAAGAGGAAGGCUUCAGCCCUCCUUCUAACACUGCAUUUGGUGAAGGAUGUCAGUGUCAGGGUAAUUAUCUCUCGAGUCUGGGAUUAUCUGCGUUUUGUUUACAGUCCUUUGUAAUAAAAUAUAUUUUAGGAUAAGAUCAAAACUUAACAGGAAUUCCUAGAGGCAUUCCCUGGCUGUCCAGUGGUUAGGACCCCACGCCUCCACUGCAGCAGUCACGGGUUCAGUCCCUGCUGGAGCAACCAAGAUCCUGAAUGCUAGGCAGCGUGGCCAAAAGAAAAAAAAAAAAAAAUCAAGACAAAAAUUUCAGGAGAAAAUUGGGGUGGCCAAACUACUGUAGAAACGGAAGGCUGUUUUCCACCCUUGCGCUGUAAGAUACUAAAUGUCGCUUCUAUUUUAGUUAAUACGGUAGAUUUCUGGCGGAAGGGAGUGGGCGGGGUUAUGUAAAUAAAGUGAUGCCUAAGGGUAGUACCUCGAGCUCUUAAGUGAGUGAAGCAUUCUGGGAGGGAUUAGCGUUUGCUCUUUUGACAGCCAAAUGGGAAAAUAUAUUUUAAAACAUCUGCAAAUAAAUUGAGCAACAGAAGUGGAAGAACCUGGAUAGCUUCAGGUUGCUCGAGCUAACAUGUCUUUUACUCACCCUCCCUGAUAGCGGAGUCUUUUCCCUGGAGUACGGAAUAUGGCAGGCUUAUCGGUAUCGUCAGGUGGGAUAAUCCUUACCUGUUCCUCCUUUUGGAGGGCAGUAAUAGAACAUGAUGAUUUGGAGCUCGCAUGAUUCGUGAUUAACGGCUCUGCGUAAUCAGGACUUGCAACACCCUGAUUGCUCCUAUCUGAUUCUUCCUGACGAUCCGUGGUAUUAAUGUAUUUUACGGUUAGAUUUGAGCCUUUUGUUAUUGUUCAGUUGUAUUUAAAGUAGUGUGGUGUUGGUACUUUUCACUUUCAUGUAUUGGAGAAGGUUAUGAUAACCCAUUCUAGUGUUCUUACCUAGAGUAAUCCCAGUGACGGAGGAGCUCGGUGGGCUGCCGUCUAUGGGGUCACCCAGGGUCAGACACGACUGAAGCAACUUAGCAGUGUAGGUUCUUAUGGUGUCUGUAACGUUUGGGUGUGUUUUUUUUUUUUUUUUCCUAAGGGUAUUUGGUUUGGGUAUGUUUGUGUAGUGUACGGUGUCUUGGACUGGAUAGCUGUUUCGUUUUUUUCACGGGUUUUUUCCCCAACGCCAGGGAUCCAAGCCACGUUUCGUUUCCUUGCAUGAGUCCCAAUUUGCUGGUUAGUUUUUGUUUGUUUUUUCCUUAAUUUCAUGAAGUUUACUGAAAGAAACUUUCUGUGUACCUCCGAUUUUCCAAAAAGUGGUUCUUUCAAUGUCUGUUAUAUUUGAUGUCAUGAAUGAAUGCGUGUCAAAGCUUCUAUCUCGCCAUGCCAGGAAGGGUCACGUGCUAAAGGGUAGACUUCCCUGGUAUUUGGGGUGCCCAGCCCAGAAACAUGACAAAGGUCACUUGUUUACUCAGUAGUCUAAUUAGAACACCAACCCUAGUUUCUGUCUGGUAGCCCAUGGCUAGAACAUGUUCAAAAGAAAGUUAUUGAAAUACACUAUUUGGCAUUAGAGAAGAGUCUAAAGUUCUACCUUGUGUCACAGGGUAAAUGUUCUUACAGGGACACAGUUUUUUUUAGGAAAGAUUCAGUGUAGAGGUUUUUGUUUUUGUUUUUGUUUUUUUUAGUCCUACCACUUUAUUGCUACCAACCCAUCUCCCUCCACCCUCGUGCACACAUGCCCAGUCAUGUAACCCCAUGGACUUCAGCCCGCCAGGCUCCUCUGUCCAUGGACUUUUCCAGGCAAGGAUACUGGAGUGGGUUGCCAUUUCCUUCUCCGUAGAGGUUUUAAUCUAUAUACUUUUUAGUCCUAAAUGGUGGAGGCCAGGCCAUUCUAAAUAAGCAAAAGUCAUCAAAGGAUAUCUUUUCUGGUGGAGCCUCCUCAAGUGAUGCUUUCUGUUUGCUCGCAGCCCUUCCUCGUUGAGUAUUCACUCAGUGAAUACUUAUUCAGCACUUACUAUACACUAUAGUGAGUACCGAGGGAAUAGAUGUGAAUGUGAACUAUACUCGGCCUGGGCCAUCACAGAUAUUAUGGCUCAGGGAAACAAAGAACAAUCUCUGGUACUCCCAGAGUACUUUAAUAACAAAUUAUGAUAAAUGCUGCAAACUCAACUUGCAGAUGCUAUGGAGUAGGGAUAACCUGCCCCAGGUGGCAGGAGUGUUGCUCCUACAGGAGCAGUUUGAGUGAAGCCCUGGAGUGUGGCUGAAGCAGAGAGUUAGAGAAGCAGAUUGUCCAGGAGGCAAGAAAGGCCAGUCAUGGUUACUGGCUUGACCAGGAAAGUCAUAUCCCCUGACAAGCCUGACUUUCACCACACCCAGUGGUGUGCUUACUGAUUUGUGAAAGCUGUUUGUUUUUCCAGAAACAUUAUGGACUGAUCGUCAAAAACAGCAAUAUCAAAAAUUGAACCUGUAACCUUGCAAUUAAAUGAAUAAUAUUUCUAAAACAGAGGGGGAUUUUUCUGGCGGUCCAAUGGUUAAGACCUAAAACAAACAAACAAACCAGAAAACCCGAAACCAGAGUAAGAAAUACUCAUCACUUCCUGGUUAUUUUAUAAAUUUACUUUUAUAUGAUUUUGAGGUUGUUUGCAUUUAUAGUAUCUGUAUGGUGGGAAUACGAUAAAAUGAUGUACUGCUUUGUAUCUCUUUCCAGUUUAUUUAGUGACAUUAAGUUAGUAAUUUGAAACUGGCCUAAGUGGGAGUAUUUAUUCCACAGAAUUGGCAAAUGCUACAUAUCAGGCUUUGUUGAUUGUCUAGAUUUUGAAAAGUGAUGGAGAAAAUGUAAAAUAAUGCAGGUUAAGUCUUUAAGUGUCAUGUCUGUAACUGUUAUACUAUAAAUAUCACACACACACACACACAUACACAACAAUGAAGUAUUCCCCCACGAUUUGAAAACUUAUCAGCAAAGAAUCACUCAAGUCAUUGAGGAACCUGUGAAGUUUCAACAUAUCUUCAGUGUUUCAUUUUUAUCUUAAUAAAAAAUAAAUAAAAAUAUCAACCAAUGUUUAUGUUAGAACUACCCUUGUAUUAAUACUUACGAUAUAAUUCCAUUUAUGAAAUCAUGGAUACAAGAGUAGAAUUUACGAUAAAGAAUAUUGUAUAUUUUAUUAUUUGCAGAUUCUGUUACACAUCCUUUAUAUCAGCAAAAUUUAUAAUAAACUUUACGUACACAUUUGAAUGCA